AUGUUCUUCUAUCUGAAUACAUUUAGUCUGCAGAGGUUCAUUAAUGAGAACGUUCCUGUUAUGUCGGAUGAAACUCCGCCUGAAGAACGAUUCUUGGAUGAUCUAUACAAUGUGUACAGUAAUGUCAAAACUUCAAAAGAACUCUGGGAUUCUUUAGAAAAGAAGUACAAAACAGAGGAUGCCGGAAUGAAGAAGUUCAUAGUGGCAAAGUUUUUGGACUAUAAGAUGAUAGAAAGUAAGACCGUCAUCACCCAAGUUCAAGAAUUGCAGGUCAUAAUUCAUGAUCUCUUUGCUGAAGGAUUGGUUGUGAAUGAUGUUUUUCAAGUGGCUGCCAUUAUUGAGAAGUUACCUCCAUUGUGGAAGGACUUCAAAAACUACUUGAAACAUAAAUGCAAGGAGAUGACUGUUGAAGAUUUCAUGGUAAGGCUGAGAAUCGAAGUGGAUAACAAGGCCGCAGAAAAGAGGUCACGUGGUAAUUCAGCAAUAUCUGGAGUAAACAUUGUUGAAGAAGAUCUCACAAAAUCAAAGAAAAGAAAGAAAGUAUCUGGUCCAAAAACCAAUCCUCCUAAAAAGAAGUUCAAUGGAAGCUGCUUUAAUUGUGGCAAACGUGGUCAUAAGGCUACUGAAUGUCAGGGUCCCAAGAAGGAUAAGAAGAAGGAUCAAGAAAAUUUGGCUGAAUCCAAAGGAGAGAUGGACGAUUUUUGUGCAAUGCUUUCAGAAUGCAACUUGGUUGGAAAUCCAAGAGAGUGA